AUGACUAAUUUAAUUAAGGGAACUGAGCUAGAUGAAGGAGAAGUCGAGAUUACAGAUGAAAGAGAGGAGUUAACAUGGUCUUUAAAACGUGAUCAAGACGGCAAAUACAUAUCUCCUAUAGUAUCUAUUAAUCAACAACACAUAGAAAGUAAAGCUUCAUUUUUAGAAUGUAUACGUUACUUCGAAGAUAUUUCUAGUAUAGAAACAAAUGCUUAUUCUUCACCACCGAAGUCUGAUCAUGGGAAUUCUCAAGAAGAUUUGGACAGUUCGAACUCAGACCAUUCGGAUCAUGAUUCUGGUGAUGAUUAUAAACCAAAGACUAAACGUAGAAAAGUUAAUAAUUCGGAAGUAAAAACUUGGAUUAAUUGA